GCUGAGCGCGGCGGCAGAGGCGCUAGAGGUGGUGGCAGCGGAGGUGGCGGCACUGGAGGCCGCAGUCCCGGUCCUGUCUUGGGCCCCAGCCCCACCAUGGUGACGCUCGCUGAGCUGUUGGUGCUCCUGGCCGCUCUCCUGGCCACGGCUUCGGGCUACUUCGUCAGCAUCGACGCGCACGCCGAGGAGUGCUUCUUUGAGCGGGUCACCUCGGGCACCAAGAUGGGCCUCAUUUUCGAAGUGGCCGAGGGCGGCUUCCUGGACAUCGACGUGGAGAUUACAGGGCCUGAUAAUAAAGGAAUUUAUAAAGGAGACCGGGAGUCCAGUGGGAAAUACACAUUUGCUGCUCACAUGGAUGGAACAUAUAAGUUUUGUUUUAGCAAUAGGAUGUCCACUAUGACCCCCAAAAUAGUGAUGUUCACCAUUGAUAUUGGGGAGGCUCCGAAAGGACAGGACAUGGAAACAGAAGCUCACCAGAACAAGCUAGAAGAAAUGAUUAACGAGCUAGCAGUGGCAAUGACAGCUGUAAAACAUGAGCAGGAGUACAUGGAAGUUCGCGAGAGGAUACACAGAGCCAUUAAUGACAACACAAAUAGCAGAGUGGUUCUCUGGUCCUUCUUUGAAGCUCUUGUUCUAGUUGCCAUGACAUUGGGACAGAUCUACUACCUGAAGAGAUUUUUUGAAGUCCGGAGGGUUGUUUAAAAAGCCUUUUCUUCAGGAUCCUAAAUUCAUAAUUCAUUGUUUACCAAACAUCUUGGUCAUAAUAAUGUCAAUUAGUUCCUAUCUUUUAAUUUUUUGAAGUGUACAUUCAUAGCUUAUGUUGUUUGUGAUUAAUAGAUAACUGGGGGAAAUACAUUUAUAGGAAAAGGUGAAAAGUUUAUAGUGGGUAUUGACAUAGAAUUGGCGUAAUUUCUUAUUUAAAUUUUGCCUCCAUUAUACAGGUCCUUCCAGAAUGUCAGCACUGUAAAUGAAAUAUAAGCAUAUAGUCCUUGUAUUUUCUUUUCCCUUUAUUUUCCUAAUAAAAUAUAGUUUGUUCAGGACAGUACUUUACCAAGAUGGCUGCAUUCUUUAAAUUCUUUAUCUUGUAGCUCAGAUCCUUAAAAGAUACAUUUUGUUAAGUCCUGAGAAACAACACCUGAAUCUCAGCAGUUUCUAUCCAGCCUAAUGGAGUUUCCUACCGGGGUUGGUACUUUUGUACUUUUAUCUCUUUUAUUUCUGCUUUCGUUAAGAUAACCAAUUCAUUUCCCUCCUAAAUUUUUCUGUUGACCCUUAGGACCCAGUCACGUCCACUUAACUAAUAACUUCUUUUUUUUUUUUUCCUAUCUAACCUUGUGAGAAGUUUCUAUUAACACCAAUUUUCUGGGUGUUUUAGCGAAUGAUAACUCUAUGCUGAAACAUCAUUUUAUCACUCUUGUCAUGUAGGAAGUAUCCAUUUAUGCAAUUGGAAAAAUCUGGGUUUUGAUGCCAAAGGGUUAAAGCCUCUUGGAUGUAAUUGCAGUGAUGUACAGCCACUAUUUUAUUUUUGAUCAGUGGCAUUUUGGCCACUGUUCAGUUAGGGUACUGGUCAAUGUUGUCAGUACUAGGGGUUUUUUGUUUUUCUUGUGUCUUUCUUUUUUUUUGGGGGGGCAUAUAUGGAUUUUGUUUUAUAUAAGAUGACUUUUCUCGGUCUUUGAUGAUGGGUUUAAAAUUAAUGGAGCAUCUGGUUUUGAUGUGGAACUGAUCCAGGAUUAUGUUGUGACUGAUAACACUUUUUUUUUUUUAUCUUUGCAAGGGGAAAAAUACAAGUAACAGUUUUAUAUAAUUAAUUUAAAUUUGUUACAGGUUUUCAUGUUCAGGACAAUUUUUCAACCUUAGGUGAAAAUACUUGCAACAGUUGAAGGUGAUUGUUUUACCUUAGGAUAACUGUUGUAUGCCAAUUUGUGUGUGUGUGUAACACUUCAAAAUUGAAUUAAAAUAUGUAAAUUUAAAAUUGGCUAUAUCUAACCUGCCCCAGGUUCAGUAAAUAAACAGUUCUUUUUAAAAACAGA